GCAUACUAUAGACAUAGACAGGGCGGUAGGCCUCUGUCCUUUCUUCCAGUUGUAAAUCAAUCAUGUAUGCCCUCAUCAUAUAUCCCCUCAUUGAUUCAUGAUAUACUGUAUAUGUAAAAUAAAAGGAAGCCCCCUUUGUAAAAAAAUCAUUCAGGAAAAUUUCGGAUUGAAAUCAGGUUUCACACUUUAAUUUUUGUACGAUUUCUUACAAAAGAAUAAAUACGAACGUUUUGACAUGACAAAUUCCAAUCAAUCCUUUUUCUUCUUUCUUCAUUAUGGACAAAUUAAAGCAAAGUAGUCAUAGAUCAACAGAAAGCUAUGCAAGCAUAACACCUUCUGUUAUAUCAACUAUCACAUUUCAUGAUGUACUCAAAGAUCCAACUCUCCUUCAUUCCUUUGAAUACUAUCUCAAAAAGAAUUGGUCUCAGGAAUACUUGCUUUUCAUUGAAGCAGUCAAUCAAUUGAGGCAUGAAUCAAAUCGCCCUAAAGACAUUGAAGAUACUUUAUUCAGAAUCUACCACAACUUUAUAGAACCGGGCUCUCCUAUGGAACUGAAUGUUUCAACCAAGCAAGAAGUUAAAGAAAAACUCAAUUCACUUCAAUGGGCCGUUAUUACUCGAGAUGAUGCUGUUGAUGUCUUGAAUAACACCGAGCAGGAAGUCUUGGCAUCACUGCAUGUAAAGUUCUCUGAAUUUCGCGGCACCUCACUCGCAGCUUCAAGUUCAUUACAGAGUAAACUAUAUAAGGAACCCACCAAAGAUCAAAAACGGGUUGUCAUCAUCGGCGGGGGAUUUACAGGAUUCACAGUUGCCUCCAUACUUGAUCCCAUGUCUAGGUUUCAUGUUACAUUGAUAGACGCAAAAGACUCAUUUGAGUACACCCCUGGGAUUGUUUCCAAAAUUGUUAAUCCUGAACGAUCCACAUCAUUACGAUUUACGCAUGAAUCCUACGUCAAGAACGGCAAAGUAGUUAUUGGCUACGCAAGUGAUAUUCUCAACGACGCGAAAAGCGUUAAAGUGAAUGAUGAAGUGAUUCAUUUUGAUUACUUGGUUCUCUGCACCGGUACAUCUUAUGCUAACCAACUAAAGUCAACCGACUCGUCCUCUCUCUAUCGCACAGCUAAUCUCAGAAAGAUUUCUCGUGACAUUGCCCAAGCCAAGAAAGUUCUCAUCGUUGGAGCUGGUCUCGUUGGAUGUGAACUUGCCGCUGCCAUCCGUCAAAAGUCUCUGGCGACACAACGUGACACUAAAGUGGUCCUAGUCGACUCUCUUUCCGAGGUACUGCACCGAUUCCCGCUCAAACAAAAACGCAAGGCCCACGAGUUCUUGGUCAAUUUAGGAGUCGAUAUCGUCCUGAAUGAACGUAUCACAGCCAUCGGAAGUGACGAAAAUGAUGAAGCCUAUUAUGGAUCAAGCGGUCGCAUUUAUUCUCGUAAGGAGUAUAUUGUGCUUCUUGCGACAGGUGUCAAAGUGAACACAGAUAUUCUCUUAAAUUCCACAAAUGAGUCCUGUCUUGACAUUUGUCUCGAUAAUCGCGGGUACGUUCGGGUCAAACCUACUCUUCAGAUCGAACAUUGGAAAUACAAUCACAUCUUUGCUGGAGGUGAUAUCACCAAUGUGAUUGAAGAAAAGACAGCAUAUGCUGCUACAAUUGCUGGUGUCUGUAUUGCUCGUAACAUUUGUCGUCUUGAAAAGGGCAAGGAGCCCCUUGCUCAAGGUACAAAGGGCCUCAUUGCUCCUCCUACAAAACCUCUUCAUGGUGUUUCUUCUCAAGGCGGUAUAGGAAAACAAAACCUUGGCAUGUUAGAAAAAAGGCUUUCAUUUCUGAAUCCUACUUGGGAAGCACUCAAAUACUUUAAUGAAAAGCAAUACUUCAAAAUUGUCCAAAAUAGAAAACUGAACGUUAUUGGCAGGGCGCCUAAAUCAUUAGAUGCUAUUCAAAGGAAAAGAAGAAUAUUCCCAUUCUCACAAAGUCAAAUAACGCUUAAAACUGAAGAGGAAGCCCCUUCCUCCGAAAGUAGUGUAUAAUAGUAUAUAUUUUUGUAUUUCUUGUAACUAGUUUAUCUUAUAUGAAAUGGAUAAAAAUUAAUAAUAGAAUAUAUUAAUGUUCUUUUAAUGUCAUUUUGUUACUUUCUUGAUGUUGACGAAUGCAUUG